CUGUGACUUUGCCUCCUCUCUUUCUCGCUCUUCAAUUCCCACCAUCUCAAUCUCUCUCUUUCCUUAUGCCUCAAUCAUGUUGGAUAGAAGACAGCACAACAGCACAGAUAAAAUGACAAAUAAGAAUUUGGGCAACCAGACAAGUGGAGCCUUCCAGGGAGGAGAAAGAGCUGAACCAGAAUUAAAAGAUGCUACACCUCAACAAUGUGGCUGGGUUUCACACAACAUGCUCCUUGCUCUUACGGUGCUAGGUGUAGUAGCAGGCACGGUGCUGGGAAUGAUGCUGCGUUAUGUUCCUGAUCUUGAUGCGAACAGUCUCAUGCUGGUGUCUUUCCCUGGGGACAUCUUAAUGAGAAUGUUGAAGAUGCUCAUCCUGCCACUUAUCAUCUCCAGCCUUAUCACUGGCCUGGCUGGUCUGGAUGCCCGCUCCAGUGGAAGAAUGGGCACCAGAGCAAUGGUGUACUACAUGUCCACCACGGUAAUCGCUGCUACUCUAGGUGUCAUUCUAGUCCUUGGGAUUCAUCCUGGAAACCCAAAACUCAGGACUAGUCAGGUUAUCUCCGCCCCCAGGAACCAGGAGGUCAGCAGCCUGGAUGCCUUUCUAGACCUCAUCCGAAACCUUUUCCCAGAGAACCUGGUCCAGGCCUGUUUUCAACAGGUUCAAACGGUGCUGAAAAAAGUAGCUAUUCCACUCCAGAACCAAACAGAACCAAUCCUUGUCAAUAGGAAGAAACUGGAGCUGAAGUGGGGAAUGAAUGUCUUAGGUUUAAUUGGAUUCUUCAUCACAUUUGGAAUCUGCAUGGGGAAAAUGGGGGAGAGAGGGAAGCUCAUGUCAGAUUUCUUCAACAUUCUCAAUGAGAUCAUCAUGAGGAUGGUGUCCAUGAUCAUGUGGUACUCUCCUGUAGGCAUCGCCUCCCUCAUCUGUGGCAAAAUCGCCGCCAUCGGUGACCUGGAGGUAGUGGCAAGGCAGUUGGGCAUGUACAUGGUCACAGUCAUAGUGGGACUCAUCAUUCACGGAGGGGUCAUUCUGCCAAUCAUUUUCUUUGCCAUUACUCGGAAAAACCCCUUCACAUUUUAUUCAGGCAUCUUUCAGGCUUGGAUUACUGCUCUGGGAACAGCCAGCAGUGCUGGAACGUUGCCUGUGACGUUUCGAUGUCUGGAGGAGAAUCUAAAGAUUGAUAAGCGCGUAACUCGCUUUGUGCUGCCCAUUGGAGCUACGGUAAACAUGGAUGGCACUGCGCUCUAUGAGGCUGUGGCGGCCAUUUUCAUAGCUCAGAUGAAUGACAUCUACCUGGAUGGAGGACAGAUUAUCACUGUUAGUAUGACGGCGACUUUAGCCAGUGUGGGAGCUGCCAGUAUUCCUAGUGCAGGUCUGGUCACCAUGUUGCUUAUCCUGACCUCUGUGGGCCUUCCAACUCAGGACAUCAGCCUGCUUGUCGCUGUUGAUUGGCUUCUUGACCGAAUGCGCACCUCCAUUAACGUGGUGGGUGACUCUAUCGGGGCAGGCAUUGUUGACCACCUAUCCCGGGCUGAGCUCGCCAUACUUGACAAGGACAUCCCUCUAUCAGAUGAGAAUUUCAUUCCUCCUCCACCUCUUUUUACUGGCAUAGACCUGAUAGAUCCUCUUAAACCGCCCGAACUCCCCCCUCGCUCCCCACGUCCUCCCAAGCUCAACCAUCACGCCCCAUCUCUGACCCCUUCGCAAUCUAUGUCACACUCCAUCCCACACUCGCCCCGAUCCAUUCGCUCUCCAUCACCUCACUCCAUUCGUUCCCCCUCCCCUCGCUCCGUGUGCUCUCACUCCCCGAGGCCUUUUCGAACGCACUCUCCGCGGCUUUUACGGAGGGCGGAGCCUGGAUACUGUGCCCUGCCCACUUACGACAACCAGAUUCCCACACUCCCUCGAGGUUUCCGAAAGCGAGAGCGAGACCGGGAGAGUGACAGGGAAAGGGAGAGACUGCGAGAACGAGAACGUGAUAAAGGCAGCGAGACGGAGGACGACGAAGAGAAAGAAAGAAUGGUGGAUGAAGGAAGCGACGGAGAGGAAAGCGACGACACGGCGUACGACAGACGUCACGCCAUUCCACCAUGUGAUCUUCCCUGAAGACACACAGAUCUGUACCAUGUUUGCAUACUCCAUUUCAGCUCCCAUCUUUCUGGAUGAAAGCUGACUUUUUUUAGCAGGGACUUUAUGUGUGUUGUGCUUUAUUUUGCUUGGGAAAUUGUGAUUGAGAAAUAAAUUCAGGGUAAAUGUCAGCUGUCUUCCUUAAAAGCUUAUCGGUUUAUUUUACAAACAGCAAGUGUUUUCCCCGUUUCCUGGUAACCAGUUUGCUCAUUCAUAGUAGCGUGAUUAUUUUUAUGGGAGUUUGAUGAUAAACCGGAUGAGUGGCUUUGAUUAUUUAUUGCACUUGUUCUGUUAGUCUUAAUUUUAUUGUGUCCGACCUCUGUCAUAUUUAAGUGACGUCGACUAUUAGGCUACCGGUCGUAACAUGGGAUUUCACCGCACUUAGGUUUAUACAGUAAAUCCCAAGUUUACUCAAUUACUCAAAUUCCCAACUUCCUGGUUUAAAUUAAUAGACUCUCUCUCUCUCUCUCUCUCUCUCUCUCUCUCUCUCUCUCUCUCUCUCUCUCUCUCUCUCUCUCUCUCUAUAUAUAUAUAUAUAUAUAUAUAUAUAUCCUCAUCCAGUACAAUGUAAACAGAAAUAACAAGAGGCAGUUAAAGCGA